AUGACAGCAUCACCAUCCACGCCUCGUCGUCAACCAACAGCGUCCACCUCAAUAUCAUCGACACCAGCAACGCCAUCCUUCGAACCCUCCUCACAGGACCUCGACGAUCCCACAUCCACACCCACCGCCUACACUCGAUCCAACAAUCCCUCCACCAAGACUUCCGCACCCGCUGAAGACUCGGACAACGAAGAUGAAGCUCCCGACUACCUUCGCCUGCUGUCCACGCUCAACUCGAAAUCCAAAACCUCGAGCACAUCUGGCAUCGUCAUUCCCAAGCGCGGAGAGAAGGAUUUCGAACCGACCGGCUUUGGUGGACAGUCCAAGCUUUUGGAACGGAGCAGAGAGGCCAUGUUUCAAGCCGUCUCGGGAGAACGCAGGGUAGGCUCGAGGUCGCUGGUCAGAGCCACGUGGAAUGCGAGUUCCAGGAGAGCGAGGCUUCUGGAUGUGCAAGGAAAGAUCUUCGAGACCGUAGGUGUCAUUAGGAGGGAGCAAGUCAAGGAUCAUGUGACGGGCAAGACCAUCACCAAAGCAUGGAACGAGCUGCUUCCCGAAGAAGCGCUCUUUCUGGCCGAAAGAGGUAGUCUGCAGAUCUACCAGACGGAAAAGGAACAAGCAGAGGGCGGCGAAGAGGAAGCGUUGGUGCCCAUGUCGUUGCAACAGGCAUUCGCGAUGCUCAUGCUGCCUCCUGAUGGAAGUGCCGACGAAGCGAUGCAGCAGGACGAGCCCUUGACCAGAGAAGCAUAUCUCAUCUAUGCACAUCUCAAGAGGCUGGGGUAUGUCGUGCAACGAGCAAGCAUCGUGGAUGCCAUUCGUGCUGCUCCCAUAUCAGCCUCAACGCUCGCUAAGAAGAACAACAGCAGCAACAGCAGUGGCAGCGCUCAAGCCAAGCAGCCGCUGACAGCUUCACAAGCCCUAAAGAGCAAGAAGGGUGCGCAAGCAGAUGGUAUCAUUGCGGAUCCACAGCGCCCGAUCAAGCUCACCACAAUAUGGGACAUCUUGCUCUAUAUCCCGCGAAGAAUGAUCCAGCUCGGCGGCGACGGCGUAAGCGCGAUUGCCAGAUGGAUCGAGUGGGUUUGGCGCAACACCAUGGUUGAGCUCGGUCGAAGAAUCUCCGAGACUGCAAAGAAGAUCCUGGGCAGCAAGGGGGCAACGAGCGGCAAGACCAUCGGCAGCCUCGGUCUCGGCCUGGGAUUGCACAAACAGCAUCAAGACGGCCGACGGUUCUUGGGAGACUCUAUCGAAUGGGACAGCUACGAUGCCGUCUUCCAAUCGCUGCAGAUCGUCCCUUCCGGACAUGACUUUUGGCUUCCUUCUUCCGACGAACCGCCAACGUCCGCUGCUACAACAUCACCUCCUGCUGCAACCGACACGAUCAGACUCGCACCUUUAAAGCCCACUCAACGACCAUCGUCCGACCACCUUCAACCAUUCUACUACGCCUGGCGACCAGCCACGCUGUACCGCAAAUCGCAUCCUCCGCCACCCGAGUUCCGCAUCGUCAUCCUCAACGCACGCACCACGCCCGUCCCCUCGAUUUGGCGAUUCGAAUCUAUCUUUGCGCACAUUCCGAUGCCUGGAUCUGACGCCGAGCUGUUCGGCUCCAUUUCGAACGUCGACGGGUCGGAUCAGGGUAUGAGUUCGGAAGAAUUCCGAGAGAGGGUAGAGUACGAGAAGCAGCUCAAAGCGUCCAACGAAGCCAAGAACCGUGCUGCGUACGGGAAGUUCAGCGAUGGAAAACAGAAGUUUUUGCGGGAGAGAGCGGAAGCUAGACAACUGGCUGCUGCUCAACGCCGAGCCAGUAACGAGACUGGACUUCGCGGUACGAUGAUGGGUAAGGUGUUGAUCCGAGUGAUCUCGCUCGAUUUCACCAUCGUGAAAAGCGUAGCGAGACUCUUCAGACACUCUCCAGGCUGCUACGCACCGCUUCUCCCUCACAGAGCCAGGUUCAACCACCACAACCGCAAUCGCACUGCUGCCGGUGCGAAUCGCGACGGCGGAAACGGAAGAGGUAGCACCGGUAACCCCUUCCCACCGCUCAAAGCCGGUAGGAGGAGCGUCGUGGUAGCGGUGGUGGACGGAAGUAUAACGACGUUGUUGCGCUUCGGUGAGGCAGAGUUCGCGUGGUGGUCGUUGUACGGUGUUCAGCAAGAGGAGGGGGGUCAGGAGGCAAAGUGA